AUGACGAUAUUUACUGCGCCUCGAUAUUUCCCGGAGAGGAACAACAAGGCCGCCGUGUUGGUUGUGGAUGAAAAUGGGAAAUGCUCGAUUAAAGUCUUGCUGCCCUGCGAUGAGAUCAACACCGGAGAGAAAGCCUUCCGAAAGGAAUUUGACUUGUCUUACAUGGACAGUUCGAGUUAUCAAUUCUACAAGACCAAUGGAAAGCUUCCAAAGGGACGACGAAAGGGU